AUGGAGGACGGUUCGAUCGAGAUUGUUCGUUCACAGCGCGGAGUGCAACAAGGAUGCAAUCUGGGAGGGUUCGGUUUCUCUGUAGGGCUUCUUGACACGAUGAAGGAGUUCAACGACAAGCCACCAGUGCCAGGAGCCAAGCUCAUUGGAUACGUCGACGACCUCCAAGUGCAUCUUCCACCAGGUUUGGCUAGAAAUAUUCAGGCCAUCGCCACCGUAACCAACUGGAUCCAAGACCACCUGCUGCAAAAAGGCAUUGAGCUCAGCCUCCCGAAAUCGAAAGUCCUCUUCCCAGAAGGAUUCUUCUUCUCCUCUUUGACAAACGACGAACAGCGAGAUUUGACGAAAACGGGUCUCUCGGUUGCUGAAGGUGGUAUGGCCAUUGUUGGAGUCCCAGUAGGGACAGAGUGCUUCCAGAGGAGUUUCGUCACCAACUUCGCCCGCGGUAACCCUGCUGAGUUGAUACGCCGCCUUUCCACACUUGACGACCCGCAAGCGAGCUACCAACUGCUACGUUUGUCUGGCGUUCCACGCUUGUUUCAUCUGCUGAGAACGAUUGCACCGAGCAUUACCAACACUGCCGCAAGAGAACAUGACAACCUGAUGAUAUGGGCAGUAAGCAAGAUCGUUCUCGGCAAAAUGGCAAACACUGUGGGAAUUCCAACCGUGGAAGAGGUACGCGCAAACCCAGAGAAGAGUGAGGUCGACUUCUUCAAAGAUUCAGCUCGGGCACAGGUGCACCUGCCCAUACGUGAAGGGGGGCUUGGAAUUACGAGCAGUGUUCUCAUUCGAGAAUCGGCUUUUGUGGCAGGGCAAGCAUUAGUGUUCUCCAAGAUUAGCUCUGAUUGA